ACUCCUCCAAGGAAGCUGCCUGGGAUGGUUUUUGUUAUUUGUAGGAAUCUCUCUCCUGCAGGAUCCACCCAAGUCUCCACCCAGGCAUCUCCUGGAUUCUCAAGAGCUCCUCUGACAGUGCCCCAAGAUCCUGGUACCAGCCCCAGACUCUUCCACAGAAGCUACCGGAGAAGACUUUUUUCUUCUGCAGGAAGCUUUGACCUCUAGAACGCACCGAGACUCUUCCCAGACUCUGCUGCAGCUGUUUGAGCUCUGCUUUCACUGUCUGAGAUCCCAGCUGGCUGCCCCAGACUCCUCCAAGGCAGCUACCCAAGAUGACUUUUCUCAUGCUAGAAGCUCGCUUCUCUGGGAAGAACCCAAACCUCCUCCCAGGAACCUGCUGGAGUAUUUUGACCUCUGCUUUAGGGACAGAAGAUGCUGGGUGGCAGCCUCAGACUCUUCCAAUGAAUGUACCCGAGGUGAUUUUUCUUUCUGAGUGGAAACUGUCCUGCAGGAUCCACCCAAGACUCCUCCCAGGUACUCGCACAGUCACCUCACUUCCUAUAGGAAGCUGAGGCCCCAGGUGGAAGCCCCAGACUCCUCCAGUGAAGCCACCUGACAUGAUUUUUCCCUUUUGGAGAAAACUGCUGCAUCUGGGAUCUACCAGAGACUCCUCCUGCUCUGGUCCUGUCUGAUCCCUGCCCCACAGUGUGUCCCCAGCACAUGUCCCUGUGCCACCGCAGCCCUGGGCCAGGCACCGUGCCCUGCGGUGAGGUCACAACGUCUGGGUUCUAUCUCCUCCUCCUGGGGCUGCUGUUGCCUUGGUUUCUUGUGGAGUUUGAGGGAGGAGAACCUGUUAAGAGGAGAGCGUUGAUCUGGGUGAUCUGCAGCCACGAGGAGGAUGAGGGCGCUCCGAGCUCUCUGUCCAUGUGUGUGUCCCCCGUCCAGAGCCUCCAGUCCUGAGGGCAGAGACGGGGUGACGGGGACUGUCCCUGAGGCUGUCGACACCUUUGUGGCCAUUGGGACAUCUGGGCUGAAACAGCUGCAAGACCAUGAGGGCAACCGGGUGGACACAUACCGGGAGCUGGAGCAUGCCUUGCAGGGAGAGGAUGGCUGCUUGCCCGGUGGUGUUGUGAACCGCCUCAUAGCAGAGGCCUCGGGUGACCUGCGAGCAGCCCAGGGUGUGAUGGAUGAUGUGAGGAUGGCCGCCAGUGACUUCUUGGUGGCUCUGGCCCGCACCCACUUUUACUUCGUCAUGGCUGAGCUGCAGAGCCACCUGAAGGUGGUGGGGAAGGUCCCUGAUGAGGCUGUGCUCGUCACCUUGGGCAAGAUGGCUGGCAGCUAUGCCCUGCGCUGUGUCCCCUUCGCGGGAGCGACGCUGCUGGCCCUGCGCAGGACGCUGAGCCGGGCAGGGAGCGGCCGGACCCUGCGCAUCAUCUGCGGGGUUCUGGAGCGAUGGUCCAAGGGCAUCACCAUGUACUUGUGCAGCCAGAAACGACACCCCUUUCCUCAGAGCAGGGCAGCACAGCUCUGUGGAGACCUUUACCCGCUCUUCCAUCACGCAGUGGUAAAUUGGCUGGGCUGCAAGGAGGAACAGGAUAAUCGGGCUGUCCUGGGUGCGGUGGCUGCCAUGGUUGGUGUCCUUGUGUGUGAGGAGCGGCACUGCCAGCGUGCCCGGGAGCAGCUCCUCCGGCUCCUGCGCCAGCACCAGCGGGUCCAGGACACCUCCCGGGUCACCAAGGGACAGGAAUUGGACUCAAGAUCCUUGUGGGUUCCUUCCAGCUCGGGACAUUCUGUAGUUCUGUGCUUGGAAGGGGCUGGGGGGCAGCCUGGUUCCCACAGCGAUUUCCCUCUCGGCCAAGCCUCAGGAAGAGCAAGGGAGGGGAGGAAGGCAGAGAGCACCAAAUCUUUUCAGUCCCUCUCAAGGCCGAUGCACAUUUCUCUCAAACGACCCUUGUUCCCACAGGUCCCUGAUGUGACUGAGGAGCCUGGGCCAGCCCAUAAGGCGAAGCCAUCCCGCCCCAUGACGCUGCAGGCCCGAACCUGCCCCGCAGCUGUUCUGCGGUCCCAGCUGAGGCACGGGAGCGAGGCCCAGCGUGUGGCAACCCUGAGCCUGCUGGGAGAGCUGGCCCGCUCUGACGCUCCUGUAGCAAGGAAGAAGCUGCCCCAGGUGGUGGCAGCUGUGCAGCUGGUGUGCAACGACCCCAGCGCCCAGGUGCGGAGGGCAGUUCUGGAGUUCAUCUGGGAAUUGCUCAGCUCCGGCUCCCAGAGCUGCUGGCCACGGGAUGUGGUGGGGCACAUCUUCAGCGAGUACAGCCGGAGCUCGGGCAGACUGGCGGCAGGAGGCCUUUUUGCCUGGGAGCCCCAGGAGGACAGAGCUCUUCAGUCCCUGUGCGUGGACAUCCUGGGCUCGCUGGAUGUCACUCGGAGAGGGAUGUCCCAACUCCUGUGGCCCAGGCUGCUGCAGUACGUGGUGCCAGCCCAGUACAGCGGCAUGCUGAUCCCGCUGUCCCGCGGCGUGCGAGCCCUGCUGGAGAGAUGGGAGAGAGCGGGAUGUGAGGAAGAGGAGGAGCCCGAUGCUGUGGACUUGCCGGAGCAAGGUAGGAGCCCCAGGGAGUGCUGCUGGGUUUGGAAGGGGCUCAGGCCAGUCUGUGUCUCCCUGUGCCCCACGAACCCUGAGCAGGAGCCCAGGAAAAGCAAAGGGCAGAGUCAGGCUCUGGCUCCUGGGGAGCCGGGGGCUCCUUCCUGGCCAUGCUGGAUCUGCCUUCACCCCAUGCGGGGCAGCCUGGGGAGCCCCCGGGCCAGCACUGUGGCCGUGCAGCUGCUCUCAGCCCUGUGUGGGCCACAGGAGGUACGAGGGUCAGGCCACGGCGGGGCCUCUUCAUCUCACCAGCCUUUCCCCCUCCCCGCAGCCCGGCUGCCGGCUCCCCAGGCGCUGCUGGCUCGAACGCUGGUGCUGGCGGCGGCUCCUCACACCAGCAGCGGCCGCGCAGUCGCUGCCUUGCAGCUGCUGCAGGCCCUGCAGGGCUGGAUCUGCGGGGCCUUGGGGACAGCGUGGGCCACCGAGAUCCCCCUCCUGCUGCAGCACCUGGCAGGAAGAGCCGAGAGCUCCCUGGACUCUGCAGAGUGGGAGCAGCAUGUGCUUAAGUUCUUGCGAGCAUCCCUGAAGCUCAUUGAGGAUGAGACCUGGAGCGUGGGCCUGAGCCAGCAGCUGAGCCGGCAGCUGGGCAGCUCUGCCCCCGGCUCCUGGCAGAAGCUUUUCCUCUACAAGGCUCUCGGGACAGCGCUGGCAGGUUGUCGGGACCUCAGCCACGUCCAAGGGCAGGUGCUGAGGUUCCUCCAGGACACAGACUCUGCGGAGCUCUCUGAGACCCAGGGGAUGAUUUCUGUGGUGUCCCAUGCUGCUGAGACCCACUUCAACCUGGUCUUGGACACAGUGACCGCUUUUACCAGAGACAGGUUUUAUGAGACUUCCACGGGCUGGAAGGCACAGCUGCCGCAGGGCACAGAGAGACCUCAGGCCACUCGUGCUGCUCUGAUGUGCGUGUACAGCGGCAUCGCUCUGCGUGCCCCCAGGGAGCAGCUGCUCGCCCGUGUGGAUAGGGAGAUCAUGGGCACCAUCCUGCAGCUCUCCAGAGUCACAGAGAGGCCCCUUGGGGCCGGGGUGUACCAAGAUGGACAAACUCUUUCUAAAGAUCCCUCAAGGAAGGGUUUGUCCUCAACAUCCAGAUGCAAACCCCUGUGUGUCCCCCUGCUGAUACUCUUCUUCCACCUCUCAGCCCUGCAGAGAGUUCAAGGGGUGCUUUGCUCUCUUUGCCCUCAGGAGAUGCAGCUCAAGCUCGCCCUGGUGCAGAGUGUCACUGAGGUCAGCUCUGCCAUCCAGACUGUGGGUGAUGCUGGCAGCUUUGAGCUGUCCUCGAAGCAGGAGGUGACACAGACCCUGCUGGACUGGAUCAAGGAGGAGCCUGCGGACUCCCUGGUGUACGGAGUGUUUCAGGCCCUGGAGGAGUUGAGCAAGCUGAGGCCAGCGCUGAGCAGGGAGGAGAACCGCAGCCUGCUGGCAGUGUGCUGCCAGGCUGUCCUGUCCUCUCCUUCCUUCCUCUUAAAUGGGGAAAACAUCUGUGAAGCUCCUGCUAGAACAGCUGCAGAGUGGUGAAGAAUGAAUGUGGGACAAAUCACGUUUGGAUGCUUCACUCCUGCCACUUUCAGUCAAUAAAGGAGCCAAAUAACAUGCUUGUGAUUUAUAAACAUUAUUUUAAUGUUCAUGGCUUUUACAUGUUACACAUCCCAGGGUCUCAACUGCUGCAGUUCAUAUAACGUACGGUGAACAGGGAGGCGCUGAGUGUCCCAAAGCACGCCUCAAAUCUGUAGGAUACUCUUACCUGGAAACCUCAUUGGACAUUUACUCGUUGGUUUCUGAGUGUGUUCAACUAGGUAGUAGUUUAUUUUUAAUGCAUCGUAUUAAAUUUAUUUUAAACCGCUUUUUUCUAAUCUGUAAAAUAUGCAAUGUGACUCAAUAUGUUUGAAUUGAAAUGAUUUGUCAGGUGACACGUAGUGGAAAUAAUCUUUAUUAUGACAGUGAUGUUUUUCUCAAGUAUUUUGCCAAGAAAAGUGAAUUUCUCAGAUUAAAUGGGUAGAAGUCAGCCAAUACCUUUUUCAAAGAAUGUGAGUUUGUCUCCACCUCUGUGACUAGUUGGAAGUAUUUGAGUAUACAUAAUGUAUACAUUAAAAACAAUU